CGUAACGGUGUGACCGCAUGACCGCGCACAGGGGCAGAGAGGAGCGCACAUUGCGUUAGUCCGAGGCUCCUGUUGGUCCUGUUGGUUCUGCUGCUGCUGCUGCUGCUGCUGCUGCUGCUUCUGUUGGUCUUUGGUUCUGUGGCCGCGUCCUCCGCUCACAUGUCCGCGCCCCGCGAGCUGCCCGCCCCGGAGCGCGCUCUGAAGGGGAGAGAGCAGAGCCUGGUGGUGGCAGAUAAACAUGUGGUCAACGGGAACACCACAGUGGAGCCCUUCCCUCCGGGUCUGGACACCAUCUUAUUCGGCAUGGGCUGCUUCUGGGGCGUGGAGCGUCUGUUCUGGCGCCUGCCCGGGGUCUUUUCCACCCAGGUGGGCUACGCUGGAGGAUACACCCCCAACCCCAACUACGAAGAAGUCUGCACAGGUCUGACGGGGCAUGCAGAGGUGGUCCGUGUGGUCUUCUCUCCCAAAGACAUCAGCCUGGAGACUUUGCUCAAGCACUUCUGGGAGCAGCACGAUCCAACCCAAGGCAUGAAGCAGCACGCGGACUUGGGCACUCAGUAUCGCUCGGUCAUCUUCACGUCCAGCCCGGAGCAACAGGAGGCGGCGCUGAAGAGCAAAGAGGUCUACCAGAAGGAGUUGUCUGAGAAAGGCCUCGGUUCCAUCACCACUCAGAUCUCUGAGCUCACACAGUUUUACUACGCGGAGGAUUAUCACCAGCAGUACCUCCACAAAGUACCUAAAGGAUACUGCGGUCUGAAGGGGACCGGGGUCAGCUGUCCCCUCGGGGGCCCGGAACACGACCAGGACCAGGACCAGGACCUGUAGCUGCUCACAGUCCUGCACCUACCAGUCGUACAUGUGUGUGCAGGGUAAAGCUCUAACGCAAAAGUACAACUCAUUUUGGAAUAAUCUUAAAAACGGAAGGAGUUUUAAGUAAUUCAGGUAAUUUCCUAAAAUAAAAAAUAAAAAAUCCGUAGCGGUGGUGCAUCACUGUGGGCUUUUGUGCGCACAGAGAAGCUGCUCUAACAGUGAGGCCUGUGGGACUGUCCUGCACACACACUUUUUAUUCCAAAACCCAAAAGCUUUUCUAAUACUAUACCACAUUUUUACACUAGAAUCACAUUUAAUUUUAAAGUAUUUUAAAAAGUACUGUGAUUGGACUACAGUAAAACACAUUUGAAUGCAGGUAUUAAAUAUUUAGUCAAA